AUGGACAUGUCCAGCAGCUCCAGCAUGAUGAGCAGCAUGUCCAUGGUCUUCACCACAGACCACUCCACCCCGCUGUACUCCUCCGCCUGGACACCGAGCACCACCGGCGCCUACGCCGGAACCUGCAUCUUCCUCAUCCUCCUCGCCGUCGUCUCCCGCAUCCUGCUGGCAUACCGUGGGCUUCUGGAACGGAAGUGGCACGACACAGCCGUCAAGCGUCGGUAUAUCGUCGUCGCGGGAGAGAGCGCGGCGGAGAGACAAGAGGCACUUUCGGGGCAAGAUAAGAGCGAGACAGCGGUCUUGACCACGAGGGGAAUGGAUGAGAAUGUCAGAGUGGUGACAAAUGGGGGUACGAGGCCACGGGAGACGGUGCCCUGGAGAUUUUCUACGGAUUUGCCUAGGGCUUGUAUUUUCACCGUUCAGGCUGGUGUCGGCUACCUGCUGUGAGUCCGCCCUUUUCCUUGUAUUUCCGUCACCGAAACUGUUCGCUAACCCACCUAUUCUUCAGGAUGUUGGCUGUCAUGACGCUCAAUGUGGGAUACUUCCUCUCCGUUCUGGCCGGGUUGUUUGUCGGCGAGCUUGCACUCGGUCGCUUUACCAUCAUCGAUGAUGGGCACCAUUAG